CAUUUGUCGGUAAAUUCGGUGGCUUUUUUUUGCCUACCCCGACCCUAUAUAGCCUACAGGUAUGCACCCCUCGCUGAAGGUAUUGUGGUCCAACACAAAGGAACUCGCUCCACUUUCCUAUUUGAGGUGACCUCCUUCUCAGCAUGCGACCGCUGGCCAGCCUGCCUUGUUGUCCAACGUGAAGAUAUCGCCUUUUGGAUUUCGGGCAGAAUGUUUUAGCCAUAUAAAUAUAGAUUCUCAAUUGAUAGCGACUAUGAUAUAUUCUGCCUUUGGGUAUAUUACGCAUCGUCAAGCCAAGACAUUUGAUUCCUUGCGCCUUAGACUCGACAACCCAAUCAAUGAAUGCCCUUUUUGAGUUCUUCUUCAACGUUUCUUGAACUGCAGAGGCUAUAGCCCACUACAGGAACUGGGAUAUUGCAUUUAUUGUGUGUGUACGCUGUAGCCAUUUCCAACGUCAAGAUGCAGUUUCGGACAGUGUUGGAUGUAAAAGUCGUGGACGUGGAGAAGCGGCGCAAUCCGUCCAAACAUUACGUGUAUCUCAUCAAUGUCACAUACUCUGACAACACCUCCCACAUAAUCUACAGGAGAUACAGCAAAUUCUUUGACCUUCAGAUGCAGAUUCUUGACAAGUUCCCAAUCGAGGGAGGGCAGAAAGAUCCCAAGAAGAGAAUCAUCCCAUUUCUCCCAGGUAAAAUCCUGUUCAGGCGGAGUCAUGUGCGUGAUGUGGCCAUGAAGAGGCUACGUUUCAUCGAUGACUACUGCAGGGCUCUGGUCCGUCUCCCUCCUCAGUUGUCUCAGAGUGAGGAGGUGCUGCGCUUCUUUGAGACCAAAGCUGAUGACCUCAACCCCCCAGGAGAGGACUAUGGAUCAUCCAAGCGCAAAUCAGUGUGGAUGUACGGCUUUACCGACAGUCCAAGGAAAGAGGCCUCAGGCAUUGACAGCUCGGACCCUAUGGUGCUGGAGCAGUACGUGGUGGUGGCCAACUACGAGAGGCAGGAGAACUCUGAGAUCAGCCUGCAGGCUGGGGAGACGGUGGACGUGAUCGAGAAGAGCGAGAGCGGUUGGUGGUUCGUCAGUACAGCCGAGGAGCAGGGUUGGGUGCCGGCCACAUACCUGGACUCACAGAACGGCACUAGAGACGACCUGGAACUUAGCACCGUCAGGACAGGAGAAGUUACUAAGAGACGCAAGGCUCAUCUGAAGAGACUGGACCGCAGAUGGACCUUGGGGGGCAUAGUGAACCGCCAGCAGAGUCGAGAAGAGAAGUACACGACGGUGCAGCCGUACGCCAGCCAGGGGAAGGACGAGAUCGGCUUUGAGAAAGGGGUCACCGUGGAGGUCAUCCAAAAGAACCUGGAGGGCUGGUGGUACAUCAGGUACCUGGGGAAGGAGGGCUGGGCCCCGGCCUCAUACCUGAAGAAGAUGAAGGAGGACUUCUCAUCCUCGGGCAGGAAGAAGACCCCGACAGGCCCUGUGGAGAUCAUCGGCAACAUCAUGGAGAUCAGCAACCUGCUCCAGAAGAAGUCCAGCAGUGAGAAAGAUGUCCAAACGGAUGGAGAUUCCACCAGUCCUGAGCGCCACAUCUCCAAGAGUGAGAUCAGCCUGCCCAUGCCCUGUGCCCCAGGUUAUAACCCCAGCCCCGACCACGGCCCGAGCCCUUGCCCAGGUCCGAGUCCUGGGCUGAGUUCUGGAUCUGGGAUGGGUACCUCCAGUCCUAGCCUGGGCCCUGGUGCUAGUGGCCCUCUACAGGACAGUAAGGGGAAGACAGAACCUGGUUCCCCUGCUGUAGCACGUGUCGCUCCACACAGAGUGUCGAUAGGCUCUCCCAACCUCCGACAAAAACCCCCUCCUAGAAGAGAAACAAAUCUGGGCUUCCAGUUACCCAAGCCACCAGAGCCCCCUACUGUGGAAGCGGAGUACUACACCAUCGCAGAGUUCCAGUCCUGCAUCUCUGAUGGCAUCAGUUUCCGUGGAGGACAAAAAGCUGACGUUAUAGAGAAGAACUCCGGGGGCUGGUGGUAUGUCCAGAUCGGGGAGACGGAGGGUUGGGCCCCCUGCUCCUACAUCGACAAACGCAAGAAGCCCAACCUCAGCCGACGAACCAGCACGCUUACUCGCCCCAAAGUCCCACCCCCAGCUCCACCCGUCAAAAAGCAAGACUCAGAGGAGACGCCCUCACCUUCACCCAGUCACUCCAUCUCCUCAUCGUCCAAAGCCACAGAAUCCCCUAGUCGGCCUGCAGUAUACGAGGAACCUGAAUACGACAUUCCCGCCGUUGGAUGCGAGGGCGAGUCAGACACAGAUUCCCUGAAGGGAGAGACAAUACAUCGCCCCCUGGAGGUGAAAAUCAACAAUGUGGUCUAUGAGAAGUACCGUAGUUCUCCUCCGGUCUGCAAGACCUCCCCUGUGAUUAUCAGCUAUAGAAGAAGGUCCUUCAGGUCUGUUGAAGAGAUGGCCAAGGAGGAAUGUAUCUAUGAGAAUGAUGGCUUCAGGCGCAGUAGUGGUGAUGAAGGGGCUUCGGCCAAAGGCUGCGGCGGUUCCAACUCCCCAAGGAUCUACCACUCCUCGACUGUACCCCGCAAACCCUCAGGGUCUUCACCUCUAGCAGGGGGAAAGCCAUUGAAGAAGGUCGCCCCAGAGCUGAGCCGGAGCCAGUCCUUAGCCAAAGCCGACACCAGCCCCAGGUCGUCCUCAGAUGAAUCAGGUAGAGGUUCCAGGAGACCUCCAGGCAUCCGGACGGUGGAGCAAAGGAUAGGCCAGAGCCCCUCCACCAAGCUCAAGCCCUCGGUGAGGCCUAAACCUCUGCUCACCACCAAGUCAGAGCCACAGUGCUCCGAGAGAAUGGACAUCACUUCCCUGAGACGCCAGUUGAGGCCCACGGGACAACUCCGGCAUACCGUCCAUGGGCUCAAAGACUCAGAGACGUCCUCUGUCAUCUCGUCGGAGGACUCCCAUUCUUCCCGCAACAGCACCUCAGACCUCUCUUCCAUCUACUCCAAGGGGAGCCGGGGAGAUUCAGAUCUGGAGGGGUUCAACCUGUACCGGACCACAGACGCCUAUGACAAGGUCCAGGAGUCAGAGCUGAGCUUUCCACCUGGGGUGGAGGUGGAGGUCCUGGAGAGGCAGGAGAGUGGAUGGUGGUACAUUCGUUGGCGGGACGAGGAAGGCUGGGCGCCCACCUUCUACCUGGAGCCCAUCCACCAAGGGAGGGACGGUGGUGGGUCCGAGUCUGACGGGCAGCGCUCUGGGUCGGGCAGCGGCACCGGGAGCAAGUCCAACAGCCUGGAGAAGAAUGAGCAGCGCGUGCUGGCGCUCAACGACAUCAACCUCCAGGGACUCACCAACCACCACCAGGUACACAACACGCCAGGGGGUCUGAGAUCGAGGAACAUUCCCCCCAUCCCCUCCAAGCCUCCGGGGGGCUUCUCCAAGCCGGCUGUGCUGGUUAACGGAGCUGUGAGAAUGAGGAACGGUGGGGUGAGACCGCAGUCCGCUGUCAGACCCCAGUCCGUGUUCGUGUCUGUGCCACAGCCUGCCAUGGACAGUCAACACUACAUGACGAGUUCCCUGAGGCGGAACGAGUCAUUGGCCGCCCACAACCAGUAUCGUACCGACCAGUACCGCUCCGGUUCCUCUACCCUCGGCGUGCGCCGUAACUCCUCUUUCAACGCGGUGCGUGCGCAACCCGUCAUAGUCGAGACCCGAUCGCGACCCUCAGAGCGCUCAAUCACCACCAGGGAUUCUUCGGCGGAACGAUUUGGCGCCGGUGGCGGGACGGACGCCUUGAGCAGGGUUGGGGUUGUUGUGCAGCGUAAUGGUAUCCCCGUAACCACAGUCAGGCCCAAGCCUAUCGAGAAGAGCCAGCUGAUCCAUAACAACCUGGGGAGGGAGGUAUAUAUUUCCAUCGCUGACUACCGGGGGGACGAUGAGACCAUGGGCUUCCCUGAGGGCACCUGCCUGGAGGUUCUAGACAGGAACCCCAACGGGUGGUGGUACUGCCAGGUCCAAGAUGCCCUGCACCCCCGCAAGGGCUGGGUCCCCUCCAACUACCUAGAGAGGAAGAAGUAAUGGCCUAGUAAUAAUAACAAUGUCCCCCUUUGAUGAUGUCACUAAGAAUAUUGGUGAUGACAUCACUCCAUAAGAAUGUUACCCCACAAGAGCUACCACAAGCAAUAUGCUCCAAAUAUGUAAACAGAUGAUUGAUUCUGAAAGACUUUAUGUAAAAAAACUACAUGUUGUUUUAACCUUAUAAUGAGAAAGAGACACUUUUAUUUCUGGCUUACUAAAGUGUACACGUAAAAGACUAAAAGUCCAGAUUUUUGCGUGCGAUAUGGGAUAUAACGAGAGACUGAAAACAGGGUUGGCCACCCCCAGUGUUAGAAACACAAAUACGUUUUUGUAACUUUGGAACGAUUUGACACGACACCUUUUAGAAGGGGUUUACAUUAGAAAGAGAAGAUAGCUGGGCAAUGAUGGCAAGCCUUAUACCUGCCCUUGUGACUAUAAUGCCAAAUAGGUGCCUUUCGUAGAUGAUCAACUGAAUGGGGGUUCGAAGAAGUGGACGGAACACAUCGGUGAAUCAACGUCAUUACCAAAUGUAUUACUGUGCCAUAGGCCUAUGAGCAUGAAUACCACCAAAAUGAUUUUUGUAACGUUCAAGAGAAUCACUUGAGUAGGAGUGUUUUAAGAGCGUUACCGAGCGAAUAGGAUCAAUCUAGAGUGUUCCGAAUCAAAUAAGAAAAAAACAAGAGAACAGGAGAGAUAUCAGUGACUCUCAGUGAGUCACAAUUGAGUCCCAAUUGACUCACUGAAAAUGACUCAUUGUUUGAUUAUCUUUUUUAGACAUUACUGUAUGUUUUGUUCUUUAAUGUCUCUGUGUGUCUUUCUGUCUGUCCUUAGAGAUGUAUUUCUGCUUUCUUGUGAAACACUCCACCGACAGCCCAGAAUUGGAAAGAGUCCAAGUUUCCUCUCUCGGAUAUUCGAUUCUCUGAAGUUUCACUGACGGAAUAUCUCUGUUUGAGGUACACGUAAUUAGACAAACUUUGUAGUGUCACCCCGUUUUUGGAGUCCAACUUCUUACUCUAUAUUUUCAACCAAGCCUACAGUAUCUUGCACACAAAUAAAGCCGAAACUUGUCAAGCUUGAAAUCUAAUCAAAGUAUAGUUAUUGGGAAAUAAAUUCCAAUUGAAGGUGCUUUUCAGUUAAAACAUUUUUUUUAACCUACCACCAAGAUAUUACUUUACACAAUAAGUUUUAGUAUUGUCUGUCUUAGUCCCAGACAAAUAUAUUUGUAUAUAUGCUUUACUGUAUACAGUAAAGCAACCGCAGUUGCACAGAAAAUAAGUACUGGAAAUAUGGCUUCAUAAUGAUCUUUGAAUCCCAGGGAUAUAUUUCCAUAGCCUCGAGCCCACAAUGUGAUCAAACCAAAGCAGAAUAUCAUUGCAUUGGCUAUUUUGUAGCUUUACUAUUGUAACGAAUGUGCUGGGAGUCAGGAGGCAAGUUCAGGGAGUGUGUUUUAAUUAAUAAAUGUAACAUAAUACAAAACACAAACAACGCACCUACAAGAAACAGAAACAAUGGGGAAGGAACCAAAGCGAGUGAAAUAUAUAGGGCAGGUAAUCAAGGAGGUGAUGGAGUCCAGGUGAGUGUCUUUAUGCGCUAAUGUGCAUAACAUGGUGCCUUAACGAGCAGCCUGGUGACCUAGAGGCCGGAGAGGAAUCACACGUGACAACUAUCUAUUUAUGGAUACAAAUAGCCCAAUACAAUGUAUUCUAAAAAAUAACUAAAACGAAGUUUAAAAACUGAAGAAUAAAAAAAUAUAUAUUUUGAUAACAUCUGGACUCAGUUAAUGUUCUGAACCCAAAUGAAAGAAUGUUGAAACAUGCGGAUAUUGCUGUGCAGUAUUGGUUCAUGUGGUAUGCAAGAACAUUUAUGUUCACUUCCUUGCUUUAAAAGUAGUUUGGUAUCUACUGGAUUUAGAAUAGUACUGCAGGACUAUUUUGAGUUAUUACUAUUUACUUAUACAUUUUCCCCAAACACAAAACUGAUAUUACUUCAAUACGAUCCCCAAUUGAAAAUCCAAAUGAAGUACUAUUUCAACUGGCUGGUGUUCAAGACUGCUGAAAUAUUUUUCUAACAGUGUGUGACAUUUUUUCAUGACAUUUUCUGCUGGACAGUAUUAUAGUAUUAAAGUAUUGUACCUGCUAGAUCGCAGUUAUAUCUGUUUUAGCCAACCAUAGUUGUUUUUUGUUGUUACAGUGUGAUCACACAUAGACAAUAAUGAAGAUUGAAGUUCCGUUUUUUGUGAAUUAAUGCACUUUAACACUUGUUUACAGUGCAUUAAUGUAAAGAUGCAGUUGAAAUACUCAGCAUAUUAUUUAUUGAUAAAAAAAAAAACUAUUUAAUAAGAGUAUUUUUUUACCUCAAGUUUUUCAACUCCUGUCUUUUCACAGGAAAAUAUCUCAGUCAUUAGAGGAUGCCAAAGCUCCUCACAAUAUAAUAAUUGGAUACUGUACAUGGUACUCUCUUGUGGGAGAUUAAUGCUACUGCAACAUACUUUUUUCCAUGUUGCCCUACAAACCGGCAGUUACAAUGCAAUACCAAAUGCACUGCUGGUCAGUGAAACUUCCAACUACACAAUCAAUGCCUGUACAUAAUUGAAUGUUUUCAAAUUUGAAUGCAGCUAAGAGUUGUUGUUUUUUGUAGUUUGUACAUUUUUUUUAGUUCACUUUAUUCUAUUUGGCUAUCUUUUUUCCCAACCUUCUAAAUGAUGUUUUUUCCCCCCCAUGCUGUGUGCUGCAACUAGCAAAAUCAUGGACACUUCCUUUCUCCUUAUUGGUCUGUACGUAAUGCCUGAUUCAAAUCAUAUUUAUUUUUGACCUAAUGUUUAUAUCUCCCAUUUCUGGUUUGACAAUCAAAUAUGUAUCCACUGCCUCACUAGACUUUACUACACCUGUCAACCUAGUACAAAAGUCAAUAAUGUGUGAGAUACUGUAUCAUUUAAAAAAAACAUUUCUACAGUCUGUUUGGUAUGAAUUUCAAGCCGUUGCAUACAGAUCUAUAGAAGCUGAAGUUAGUUCUGCUUCACAAAUGGAGGGUAUAAAAUGCUCCUUAUCUCACCCAUCAUAUCCCAUCUAAAGCAAUGGAAAUCAAUAAUUAGGUCUAUGUAUAGUACAACUACAGUUGAUACAGAACCCCUAACCCAUCUCCCUCCCCUCGACGAAGGCAUUAUGUAAACGUGUUGAAUCACCCAUAACAUUUCGCUUCAGCACAUAUUAAUGCAUAUCGCUGUUGUUUAAUUGAGUACAAUUUACAUGGCUUCUCUGCCUGCGCCUGCAAAUUACAAGGGAAUUGUAAUGGGUCAAGCUUGACUUUUUCAUAUUUGGUAUUAUGUAUUUUUUAAAUAUUUAAAAAAAAAAAAAAAGUUCAAUGUUUUGGUCAAAAUGAUACAUUUUUGUCUUAUUUGUUUUUCCGUUUUCACCCCAUUGUAUUUGAACAUCUUUCAGAAAUGUAAUAACGAGGAAAUGUGCAACAGAAAUAGGCAUCUUUAAAAAGCAUAGCUAUAGAAAAACAUGAUCAGCAUGACCUCCUCUUUCAACAUGCCUAAGGAUAUAUGAUACAAAAAGAUAUUGUAUAUCCCUUAAUCCAUUCAAGCCCUCAUCGGUCAUGUAAACACCUUUAGGUCAUGACUCAUUUCAGGUCCACUGCUUUUUGCAUAUUAGCCUUUUUCAAAACAGCAACAAUCUAAUGGCACUAAACAUACUCCUAUCCCAUUGGAGAUGCUUACUUCCAUUGAGCUACAGCACAACAUGUUGUGACAUGAUGGACAGGAUUUUUAACCAAUGGCCACAUAAGAAUCCCUUCUGGUCCUUCCUCCUGGCUAGCGUGUGUGGCUAGUGGACUGUGAAUGUCACCGGCAGAAGCCAAUGACCCGGGUUCCGACCUCGUUAACAUCUAGCUGUGCUCUACCACAGAUCCACAGCGGUAAGAGUUGUGUCAGCAUCGAGGGCCUCUAGGUACUCACCAGACUGCCUUCGAGCUGUCACGUUUGUGCCUGAACAAAAUGUUUUUGUUCUUGGAGUAUCUCUCUCCUCCAACUACAGUACGCAGAUGCCUCCAUGCCAUUUGAACACAAGCCAUGCUGGCCUCUUUCAACCCCGUUGCCAUGGCAAAAGUGACAUUUGGAACCAUCACAGAUGUCAACCGCGUAAUGUAAACUGGGAGAGAGACUGUUAACCGGUAGUCUUGUAGGAAAACAGUGAUGUGUACUACAGGGCCACCGUAGUUUAAUCCAUCCGCUUCCAAACCUAUACCUACCACCAAAUAUAAGAAAACACUUUUUUUAAUGUAUCUCUAUGUCCUCGAUUAAGCCCCAUGGGAAUUAAUUUCAGACUUGACCAUGUUCUGAAUGUUUAGAAUCGUCUGAGGAGAAAGAGAGAAAAUACUACAUGGGUUUGGUUCUUUGUCCACAGAUUACAACAGUGAUGUUCUUGAGGUCCACUAAAACUGGUUGGUUUAAAAGUUUCCUCUACAGAUUAUUUUUUUCACUUAUCCCCACAUAACAGUUAAGGUGCUUCGUGGCUUUGGAAGGUCUCGGUUCAUUUCCUUUCCCCUCCAGUGGGUUUUAUAGGGAAGAAACACACACACCCUUGAGUUUUAACUUUGGUGGAGGGUGCCAGUAGCACCCAUGCACAGGGCGACACACACACACACACACACACACACACACACACACACACACACACACACACACACACACACACACACACACACACACACACACACACACACACACACACACACACACACACACACACACACACACACACACACACACACACACACACACACACACAGACGAGGGAUGCCAUUCAUGUCAGAGGGAAUAGAUUAGAGCCUCUACCAUAUUUGCGAAUUCAGCCAAGUGAGACAGUCCCUACUGACGCCACACUGCCUCGACUCUCUGCCCCCGCCUCCUUUCUCUCUUUUUAUUUUAACAAAUUGGCGGGCCUUCUCGAGCUUGACCUUCCCUUAAGCCUAGUAAUCCUAGAUAGCACCAGCCGGAAUGUCCUUUUUCCUUCCCGGAUCUUUUUUUCUACUCUUCCUUUACUAGUGCCUCCUUGCUCACGCUUUGGCCUUUUCCACCAUACUUCCACCAUGUUCUUUUUCUUUCUUUCGCCUCAACCAAAGCUAGCAGUUCCCAGUGCCGAAAGCUAGUCACUUGAAGAAAGAAGAGAUUGGAUAUGUUGAGUGUAUCUAGUGUAUGAGGUUUGGGUCAUAGAAGCAGGUAAUGUGAGAUAUUGUGUGUUGGUGUGUUUGAGAGAGAGGACGUGCGCACUGUGAUGAGAUGGAUUGCGUGCAGGUGAGGUCAGGAGAAAGAUAGGAGGAGGUCAGGGAUGAGGUUGGUUGUGUGUGGGAUGCGUCGGGAAACCUGAGAUGGAUCAGAUUGUGGAUCGUAGAUGACAUGGCAAGAAUGAGACAGAGAUAGAUAACAAGAGAGAGUGAGAAUGAGAGAAAGAGAGACAGGAGCUGGAUACAGUUGUGGACAUUGUGCUCCUCUGUUCAUGCUGACUGGACUUCCAUUAAAACCAGCAGCAACAGCUUCCAUCAGAGACAAUGAAUAACACAUCAUACUUCCUCCUCAUCUCCCAUGGCUUGGGCUAAUGAACUAUUCAAUGUACGAUGCGUGGCUGUGAAAUCUCAUUACCAAAACAACAUUUUAAUUGCGGUAGUUAAAGGUUUGAAGGCCAGUAAUUCUCGCGCCGGUGGGGCCCUGAUAGCGGUGUAGCACAGCCACGAGGGGCUAAUCUAAAACAAAUGAGAUUGCGGCUGUCGAAGAUGGAUAGAUGCUCUCACUCUUUGUCGCUCUCGUUCUGUCUCUCUCCAGCUUUUUAGCGGGUGGCAUAUUAAUCAUGUGUCUGAUUUAUUCGGCUUUAUAUAAUUUCCUGUGGUGAAGCUUCAACUUCUGUCUGAAGGCUUAUUCUGCCCUGGUGUGAAGGGAGAGGCUGGAGAGCCAGGUUAAUGAGAGAAAGGGUAGGAGGUGUGAUGUUUUGAGAAAGUUAGUAGUAAGUGUUUGUGAAAGGGGUGUGAGGUGUUUAACCUAAGGGUUGUUUUUAGUAGGUAUUUUUAACAUAACUUUUUUAGAGUGAAUUUUUUAUGUUGUUUGCUCAUGAAGUAAGUCAAUGAAUGAAAGAAAAGAAGAAGAAAAUGAGAGGGAUGAAAGCUUACUCAGUGCUAGAACUGAUGGUAACGCUUCAGACAGGUGGAAUGGGACUGCCGACUACGCCAAGUGUUACUUAACACAACAGGUGGCGUUGGGGCAUUGCUUAGAAUGCUAAUGUAUUGCAUGGCUGAGGAAUAGUGCAUGCUGGUUCUUUUUUUGUGUUUCCUGCUGUGCUGAGACUCUCACUGUUUGACUUCCUGUUCUAAUUACUACUUUAUACUCUCUUUAAUUAACCCUCAGACAGAUACAUCAUGUCAUAUCACUCUUAGCAAUAACUGCUCACACUGCUUAAAACUACCUUCCUUUUUUGUAUGGGUACCAAUAUGGACCAUAUUUAUUGCCACAUCCAUAUUUUCUGGAGGGAGGAUUUGUCAGAUAAAGAUGUGUGUCAUUUCAGGGGUCACCAAAUUCUUUUUAGUUUGCAUAGUCAAAAGUCUUGUUAUUACCUAAGAUCAGGCCUUCAUGAGCAUUCUCUGAUGCCAGUUAUAGUCUAAUUCCUAUUUACAGUAGAAAGUAGUGUGGCAAGUCUCCAACACUGUCACAAAAACCUAAUUUGUAGACAAGGCCUCAAACCAAAGUUAUACUCUCUAAACCUACGCUCUGUAAACCGUCUAGGUCCUUAUACCCAAACUCGAAACAAUAAUGACCCACUACCAGCAUGUCAACUCUGUUACAUCAUACCACCAGUGCUUCGAGUUGGACCAAAGGAGUUGCUAUAAUAUCUGUUUUUCUCUCUUUUUUUUAAAUUUGCAUUAUUCUUAUGCAACAUUUGUGUUCAACUCUAUAGAGACAACUAUAGAGACUGGUCCUGUUUUCAAUAGAAAGGUAUCGUGGGAGGAUGAAGUUCAAGAGAAACGUGUUUUCUGAUUCCUUUUGUCAAUGUCACUUGACGUGAGUCAUUCGGUGUGACAAGAUGUCAUGUUGUGUGACAAGGCGAUAAAGAAGCAGGACAUGUCAUGAUAUUACAAUGUGGCAUCAGUGAGUCAACAAGUGUAUGUGAAAGUACAGCAAAUGUACAAAUAAUCGAAUCAGUCUACUCUUCAACGGGAAACAUCGGAAUUGGUCUGUGUGCCAGCGGUUCGUUUUGAAAACAGGGCCGUCCCUUUUUACCGUUCUCAUUUUGAAAACUUUUUUGUUGUUGUUGUCUCGUUUAUGUUUCCAUUGUAUCUUGCAUUGCCCCUAAAGAGAAACACUAUUAAAUGUAUUAUCUUUGUUUAAUUCA